AUGACCUCCCCGGACUUCACCUACACCUUCUUCCGCAUUCCCAAGGACGAGGCAACGAUCCGCGCCUCAGCCGCGCAGUAUCGCGCCCUCCGCCUGGAAGCCCUCCAAGUGUCGCCCGGCUCCUUCUCCUCCACCCAUGCCAUCGAGUCCGCCUUCACCGAGGACGACUGGAUCGCCCGCCUCACCGUGCCAGACCGCGAGGUGUUCAUCUGCGCGGCCACUCCGAUGACCUCCACUACCGCCAGUCCCAGCGGCUCCGAGAAUGCCAACAGCGGAACGCAAUGGAUCGCCCAGGUCACGCUGCGCGGCCCCUCCCCCGCCGACCAGUUCGCUCUCCCCGCCGCCGCAAACCCACCCGCACAGCGCCCGGACAGCGAGGAAGAGCGCUGGCAGAUGCUGAGUCUGUUCACCCUCCCCGCGUACCGCGGCCGCGGGCUGGGCGCACAGCUAUGCCAGGCGGCCCUGGACUGGCUGCGGGAGUACCGAGCGGAGCCCAACACGGUCCAGGUGCGGCUGAUCGUCAAGGCGGGCAACGAUGUGACGGUCAACCUGUAUCGAAGGCUGGGGUUCGAGGACGCCGGGCGGGCGACCUUGGUCGAGGCGCUGAUCGCGAACGGGGAUGAGGAGUUGGUGGAGGUAGUGCGGAAGACUCACGGAGCGGUGGUCGAUGAGCAGCGUCAAGGGUUGGUGAUGGUUAUGAGGCUGCGGCGCAACUAG